UCGGCCAUGUUGGGUUAUGUGACGGCAGGAAUGUGUAUAUCAACAAAGGGAUCGAACAUAAUAUGUGACUUGUGAUCAAUAAAUCCUGGCUGAUUAAUAGACGGUAUGUUAUUGUUUAUGUGCCAGGCAUGGUUUUACUGAAAGAGGUGACAGGAAUACAUGAAGCAUGGCUAUGAAAAAAUCUUUAAAUAACAGAACCAAGGAGUCUAACUCUGAAAAAUCAAACAUUUUCUCAGAUUCCUGUAUGUUCUCAAAGGAGACAGUAAACAUAAACCCCACACCGUUCUCAUGUUCUGAAUGUGGAAAAUGUCUUGGCAGUAAAGAAACUCUUGUUAUACAUCAGAGAACUCACACAGGAGAAAAAUUGUUCUCAUGUUCUGAAUGUGGAAAAUGUUUUAACAAUAAAACAAAGCUUGUUAGUCAUCAGAUAACUCACACAGGAGAGAAACCGUUCUCAUGUGCUGAAUGUGGGAAAUGUUUUAGCCGUAAAAGAACUCUUGUUCUUCAUCAGAGAACUCACACAGGAGAGAAGCCGUUCUCAUGUUCUGAGUGUGGAAAAUGUUGUAGGGAUUACUCAGCUUUUGUUAGACAUCAGAGAACUCACACAGGAGAGAAACCGUUUGGAUGUUCUGAAUGUGAAAAAUGCUUUAGCCGUUACUCAAUUCUUGUAAUACACCAGAGAACUCACACAGGAGAGAAACCUUUCUCAUGUUCUGAAUGUGAAAAAUGUUUUGGCAAUAAAACAAAGCUUGUCAUUCAUCAGAGAACUCACACGGGAGAGAACCCGUUUGCAUGUUCUGAAUGUGGAAAAAGUUUUAGGGAUCACUCAAUUCUUGUUAUUCAUCAGAGAACUCACACAGGAGAGAAACCAUUCUCAUGCUCUGAAUGUGGAAAAUGUUUAGUCAGUAAAACAAAUCUUGUCAUUCAUCAGAGAACUCACACGGGAGAGAAACCGUUUGCAUGUUCUGAAUGUGGAAAAAGUAUGAGGGAUCACUCAAAUCUUAUUAAACAUCAGAGAACUCACACAGGAGAGAAACCAUUCUCAUGUUCUGAGUGUGAAAAAUGCUUUAGCCGUCACUCAAGUCUUGUAAUACACCAGAGAACUCACACAGGAGAGAAACCUUUCUCGUGUUCUGAAUGUGGAAAAUGUUUUAGGGAUCUCUCAAAUCUUAUUAAACAUGAGAAAAAUCACACAGGAGAGAAACCAUUCUCAUGUUCUUAGUUACAUAGUUACAUAGCU